UGUCUAUUUGGCAUUAUCGUUGCAUCUUAUUGAUUUUAUUUGUGUUUGUGUCUAUAAAUAGUUGACAAUGGUGGGUAUGCGCCGUUACAUCAGUCAGGACCCUAGUGAAGGAUCUCCUUCUCAGCGUUCUUCUAUAACAGUUGAUCGCUUGUUGACUGUUUCCGAUUUGGGUACAUCCAAUUCUAUUGGUACAUUAAGUGAUGCUUUUAUGAGUCAAUCUCCAGGAUAUCAAUCACAGUUAGAAGGUUCAACUCACACAUCACGUUCCGAUGACGAGCGUCAGCGACAGCUUGAUCGUAUGCAUCAGCAGAUUCUUGCUGAAUAUGAGGGUUCUCGUGAGACUUUAAUGGCUUAUCAACGUAAUUAUCGUGUUGCUGUUGAACGAUUUUUGUCAUUUGCGAGUGAAAACAAGCAGAUAUAUACUAAGGUUAUGGAGCUUCAUCAGCAGGUAGAAAAGGCAUUUGAUAAGGCUCAAGACAGUGCUGCUGCUCAGCUUGCAGUUCACUUGCGUGUUAUUGUGAAUGUCAGUAUGUUAUAUGUGCGCAAUGAGGGUUCGAAUGCUUCAUUGGCUCAGAUGCUCAUUAAAUCUCCGUACAUGACAUUUCAAGCGUUUCAAGAUGCAAUACAGGAAGUAUGGCGAGCGCAGGGUUCGAAAUUGGCCGUUGAACCUCCUAAACUUGGUGUUUGUGGUUGGCUAGGUCGUCAUCAUGUUACUCCUCGUGGUUUAAGUAGCAAUAUGAUAAACACUCUUACUGCCAUUGAGGGUGUAGUAAACAAGUGUUCUUCAGUCUAUCCUAAGCUAUCUCAAUCUGUAUAUGUUGGUGAGCCAGUUUAUGACAUGAUGCAUGAAUCUGAGAAAACUGUUCAUUUGCGUCAGCAUUACGAUUUGACUGACUUCACCAAGACAUUGAAGGACAAUGGUCUUCCUCCUAGUGCUGAUCCUGAGGGUAAGGUGAUAUACCGUCAAGAGAUUGGUCUUAGUAGUUAUCGCAAUUACCAGACAUUUAUAAUACAGGAGACUCCUGAGGACUCCUUUACUGGUCAGAUGCCUCGCUACGUUUCUGUGAUUGUACAGGACGACUUAUGUAACAUUGUUCAGUGUGGUGACCGUGUUCGUGUUUGGGGUGUAUAUCGUGCCGGAUGCGGUCGUGCUGAUGACACUAACAACGGCAUUGGUCGUGGUUACCUAGUGGCCAAUUAUGUGGCCAUUCGGAAUAAGUUAUCUACGAAACUAUCCAAUGAGAUAUCUGAUGAAGACCGUGCUAAAUUUAAGCAACUAGCUCAGUCCGAUGAUUGUUUAAACAUUUUAACUCGGUCCAUGGCGCCAUCAAUAUGUGGUCAUGAGAUUGUGAAACGUGGUAUACUUUUAUCGUUGGUUGGCGGACCCGAGAGCGAUGAGUCAAGUGACCAUCGCAUCAGGGGAGACAUUCAUGUAUUACUUGUUGGCGACCCUGGUUGUGGCAAGUCUCAGAUGUUGCGGUUUGUGAUGAAUUUGUUACCUGGAACUGUUUCCACCACUGGUCGUGGUUCCACCGGUGUUGGUCUUACUGCUGCCGUUGUCGUUGACCAGGACACAGGUGAGCGUCGUGUUGAGGGUGGUGCUAUGGUUAUGGGUGACCGUCGUGUCGUUUGCAUUGAUGAAUUUGACAAGAUGCAGGCUGGUGAUCGUGUUGCCAUUCACGAGGUCAUGGAGCAGCAGACUGUGACUGUUGCUAAAGCAGGUAUUCACACAACAUUGAACGCUCGUUGUACGGUGAUAGCUGCUGCUAAUCCGUUGUAUGGCUGUUGGAGUGAGGAUAUGGAUGUAUCUCAGCAGUUGUCUUUUGAACGAUCCUUGAUAUCUCGUUUCGAUUUAAUAUUCGUGGUGCGCGAUGCAGCUACUGAGGUAGAGGAUGAGCGCAUUGCGGAAGCUGUUCUUCGCAACUUAACUCAGAAGUCAAAGGUCAUAUCAACUCAGAAGACUGUUGCUCAAUCCGGUCGUGCUCCUGGCACCACUAGUUGCGUUAUACAGCCUGUAGAGGGUGAUAUGAACCAGGUAGCUUUUGCCAAUGCUACGUUUGAUGGUUUCCACUGGGAGGAGCAAUGGAUGCCUGGUGUAGCUUCAACCAACCGCUCCAAGAAGUCUAAAUCUUCCAUGAAGGCGGGUGAUGGUUUUUUGAAGAGCCGUUCUGAGAUGACUUACAUUGACAGUGCUGGUGUUGAGCAUGACAUUAUAGAUUCUGCAUUUUUGCGCAAGUACAUUCACUACUGCAAGCAUUUGUUUUAUCGUGAGAUGGAGGCUUUAGAGGGUUGGCGUCCUAGUCCGGAGAUCAGUGAGGUAGCUCGUCGUGCUAUUGUUGCUCUUUAUUCUCAACUCCGUUCUCGUGCUCAGCAAUCUGAGAAGCAGCGUCUGAAGCUUCCUCAGGCAGUGACACCUCGUACAUUAGAGGCUAUUAUUCGUUUGUGUGUCGCUCACACUAAGCUACAGAUGAAGCGUUGGGUGACAGCCGAGUGUGUUUCUGCUGUUGGCAAGUUGCUGAACUACACUUUGUUUGGUGAUACCUAUGAUGUUUGUGAGAUGGAUACUCUAUCUACUUCUGACUAUGAGGAGGAACCUGUUGAAAGCGGUUCACCAAAGCGCGGCCGUGGACGCACUCGUGCAGAACUACAACCUUCCACUGAUCAGGCAAAGGUUGAGGCAGUCGUCGCUCCACCACGUCCUGACGAGACUGUUUCUAGUGUAUCUGACGAAGUGGAUACCGAUCAUUCAAUUGCCUUGUUAACUGCUUUGCGGAAGCUUGACACUGGUGAGGGUGUUGAUGUUUCUGAUUUGUACAUUGAGUUUUCUCGUACUGUACGCAUGUCUAUGGACGACUUUAAAUCAUUCUUAAAGCGUCUUCAUAACCAGGAUCCAUCUCCGAUUGUCUUUUCGGAGGAUGCAUACAUGGUAUUCAGCUGUUGAUGGGCGGCCAUUGUGCCAUUUAUUUAUACUUUGCUUGUAUUAGCAGGAAACUCAUAUCGCAUUAGAAACUUCCAUUGGCGAUUAAUAUACCAUGUUUGUUGUUUU